AUGGAAGAUAAAGAAGAUAAAAAUGAUACUGCCACCGCCCCACACCUUGUCUCAGAGUUCGAGAGGACUCACUACUAUCACGGGAUCUCUCCCGACCCUCCUGAACUUCUGUACCGCUCCGAUCUCGAGUCUAAUCCCUUCCCACUUCCUCCCCCUAGGGCCAGAUGGUCUGAAAUCCCUGUCAAAACCGCGGAAGGAGUGUUCAAAACGCCACUCAACCCAGUCUGGCACACAGUCGCUCCAUUGAUUGUUGCCUUGCUCAAGCAACGCUGUAUUAAGUACUCUGCCCUGAAGAGUGCUCGUUUCUCUACCCGCGACGAGGACGGGAAGAAGACUCUAGGUCCCAUCGUGAUCUGGAUCUCCACACAUCCCACCACCACCAGUGCAGAGAAUGCCCGUGACGCUUCACCAGACAUUCUCCGCAUUCUCGAAGAACACAAAGUCAAGGGUGCUGUCGUCGAAUGGUAUGAGGGUUCUGUGGAGAAGCUGUCGGGUCUGGCUCUGAUGCGCGUCGGUGACGAAACUAACCCAACCUACUACGUCCGUCGCGCAUUGACAGCCGUGCUGGGAAUGCCCAUUGCUACGAGAGAGAGGGAGGACAUGGAUGCCCAGGGCAGCGUCUCCUUUUUUUUCCAUGAGAACAAGGACAGGAACAGUGAUCCUAGUGCUAGGGUCCUCGGUGUCAGCAACAAGCACGUCCUUCGCGCUGAUACAACGGUCGACUACCAGUUCAUGGGCGCUGGCGCGCCUCGCCAAUACGUCAGGGUCUGCGGAAUGAGACGAUUCCAGCGCUUGCUUGCCGAGACCAGAGCUUUGGUUACCAAGAACGUCGCUGAGGCCGUCCGCUUGGCUGAAGAAAUUGCCCGAUUGGAGGCGAAGCCGAAGAGCAACGACCCGGAGCAGGCGGAGGAGGACGAGGAAGCCUUGGAGACGAAGCAAGCUCAGUUGAAGAAGGUCAACAAGGACAACGUCAAGCUCCAGGCGUUCUUCAAGGAGAUCAACACUCAGUGGCACGACAUUGCCCGCCGAAACAUCGGCUCCGUCGAUUGGGCACCGAAGAUUGCCAUUGACGUCGACGAAAACUACUACACUCGGGACGUCGGUACCUUCGAACUCGACCCUCAGAAGUUCAAGGACAACUUCCAGGGGAAUUUCGUGGACCUCGGGAACAAAUACUCUUCUCACGAACUGAACACAAUGUUCUGGCCCAACAAUACCAAUCCGUCCGGCAUUAAGUUCCCCUCCAACCGCAUGCUCAGGAUUCAGGGCGUUGUUACACGCGAGCAGCUUGCUAAUCCCGACUGUUACGACGAGAAUGGCGACCCAGUUUACAUUGUUGGCAAGGUCGGCUGCACGACUGAUUUUACAGUUGGUCGCUACUCCGGACUGGAAGCUUACCUCUGCGACGAAUUUGGCAAAGAGUCUAUCGAAGUUGCGGUUUACAACUACAGUAAGACCUCUGGCAACUUCUCUGCCAAAGGCGAUUCUGGGUCCGUAAUCUUUACUGGCGGUGGCCUCAUGCUCGCCAUCCUCCACUCCAGCAUGCCCAAGGGGCUUAGCAGCCAUGUCACCUAUGGGACUCCUGCCUGGUGGGUCGUCCAGCAGCUCAAGCUCCACUACAAGCACGCCGAUUUCAACCGUACGACCUUCUUCCCUGCCUGA